ACCAGCUGUUCUUGACGUGUUUAGUUUGUUUAUAAUUCAUUCUCUCUUUUAUUCAAUAUAAUUAUGAAUAAAAUAAUAUUUUCCGCAAAAGUUCAGCAAGUUGUACAAAGAAGUCCCCUUCUGCAUAUCAAAUUUGGGAGAAACCAAAUUUGUCUUCACUCAACGGACUCCGGAGGGAAUGGAGAUUCUCUCAAGAAGAAAGACACUCCCCGCCUGGAUGAACUGAGGAAGAAAUUGAGGGAGAAAACACCAAUUGAGAGCCUGGAUCAGGAAGAAGCAGCUCCCAAGGAGGACAAUGCUUUCCCGCCAUUUCCCAACAACACAAAUCCCGAAACUGGAGAAGUUGGAGGUCCUAGAGGACCAGAACCCACUCGAUAUGGUGACUGGGAGAGAAAAGGAAGAGUAUCUGACUUUUAAAUUGCAAUUUUUAAAAGAAAUCUUAGUAAAUUAGAAUUAAAAACAAUAAAUUUGGCAACGU